AUGGUGCUGCUGACAAGAGAUUGCCAAAGGCAUGAGAUUUACAACGAUCAGUACAGAGCAAUGUUCGUCGAGAACUGUCGGGUCGAUCAUACGAGUAUGAAAAUAGAAAAGACUGGUAAAGAGAAGCGUCGUGAACGACAGCGAUUGCGAAAAAUGGGUCUAAACCCUGCUGAGCAGCCGGAUUCUUCGGAGGACAUAUUCUUGCCAGUGCAUUGUGCUGUCUGUUCAACGAACGUUGCUGUAAUGGAUCAUGACGAAGUUUAUCACUUUUUCAAUGUGCUAACGGGUUAUGCAUGA